CGCAUUCUUCCCAUUUUUAUUUUUUUUUCUUUUUGUUAUUUUUUUUUAUUUCUCUUCCUCUUUCUUUCUCCGUUUGCCCACUUUCUUUCUUUCUCUCUCAUCGUCCCAUUUUCUCAACACUUUACAUCACCACCGCCACUCCACGUUUGCAACAACAACGACAACUACCUUUCACUUGCAAUCAUCUCAUCAACAUCUCCACGUCAAGCAGGCGUCUAUAACAGUUGCAUCCGCAUGCAGCCUCUUUUGCUUGUUUCUCCUUCUUCUUUGUAAACAACAACUGGUGAUUGCAAUCAAGCCGGAACCUUGGCCACACAACACCACCAUUUCUCACCACCAACCCACCAGCAACACCCUCGCUUUUGGCUCCCACCAUCAACCACCCAACUUCAGUUAUUCGCGACAAUGCCGCCCAAGAGAGGCCGCCCGUCAAACGCGCAGAGGGAAGCAGAGCGCGGUACUGCAGCGUCAAAGGGAAAGGUGGGCAAAUCAGCGAUCCAUUGAUUUCAUUGAUUGUUUGAGUGAUUGAUGCAUCAGAUGCAAAGUGAGAGAGAGAGAAAGGAAAAUAAAAUGUCAACAUGACAUUUGCAGUUUGACUUUCUGCAUCCAUCCCACACCGAUAUCGAUCGCAUGGACGACAUCAACAUCGAACAUGAAAAAAAAGAAGUAGACAUAUAAUUAGCCAUUGGCUGCUGCUGCUGCUGCUGCUGCUGCCGCUCAGGAGCCGGCGCACUCUCCCAACGGUUCCAUCACCGUGUCUGUCGGUGGUCCAUCUGCCGCUGCCGAGCCUGAGACGGCUAAGCCUGCCAGCAUGAUCACGCCUCGGACAUCCGCCAGUGCCUCGAAGAAAGGCAAGGGCCAGGCACAGCCGGAGACUGCUGCAAAUGCCAAUGCAGAAGAGCCCGACGCCUCCAGCACACCUAAUGCCGUGGACGCAACGACCAACGGCGCCACUCCCAUCGCCACCACCAAGGAAAGCAAAUCAAACAGCAAUGGCACCCCAAAGAAGAACGAUGAGACAGCGCUGGUUGUCACCAGCAACGGUAACAGUGACAUGAUCAUCAGCAAGAACAGCAAGCACAACGACACAACAGCCUUGACCCGAGGCGGUGCAUACACUGCAGCCUCACGCGUCAUCGGCACUGGGUACGAGAACAUUAACAACAUCGAAGAGAUUCAGCUUCGCCAGCUCCACGAGGACAUCGACGCCUACCAGCACGACCUAGCCUUCUGCACCGCCACCCUGGCUUUGCCCGACCUCACCCCCCAGGAAACCCGCACUUUCCAGCUCCGCCAGCUCGAUCUCGGCCACCAGAUCCGCCACAGCCAGCACAAGAUCGAGAAUCUCCAGGUCCAGAUGCGCCGGCAGGGAAUUCCCUUUACCAACUACAGCGCGUCGAGUGGUGGACGGGCGUACACGGCCUCGCUGCUUGCCGGAUCGGGUCAAGUGGCGGGCGUGAAGCGGAGCGGUCCGUCAGAUGAUGACGACGACGGCGGUAAGACCACGGGAUCGGCCAAGAAGGCGAAGCUGACUCCCGAUGAGCCGCAGUUGUUGGACGCAGACGGCGACGAGGCGAUGACCAAUGGCGCCAGCAAGGAGGGGGAGAGGGAGAGAGGCAGCAGUCCUAACGGCAACUCGUCUGGCUCACCCCCACCCCUUCCUCCUUAUGGCACGCCCGGAACCUGGGAGUACAACGUCCCUCUGCACCCUACCUACCAGCAUCCGCAAAACGGUGGCAGCGGCGCCUCACCAACACCAUUCGACGAAGAAACCCAGCAAAACACAGCACUCCAGCGACUCGGUUAUUGGAAGUGUCGCCUGUGCUCAGCACCCAAGUAUCUUUUGGCCGGAACCGGCCGCUCCCCCGCCGCCCCCUGCAAGUGGCCGCUCAAGGACAUCUCCAAGAUGAUUACGCAUUUUACGGAAAUGCACACGGAGCAUAGUCCGGCCGAGCGUUGUUCGGAGCUGGGUUACGCACUCGCUAAAAAUCGGGGACCUUUUGAGUACUGGCUGCGUCGCACGAGGGCGCAGAACGUGGGCGAUGGCGAAAUUAUCGAUGAGAUCAUUGAGACCUUGAUCAACGGCGUGAUGCCACUUACGUUGAGGAGGUUGAGUAGGGCGGCGGCUGGGAUGCCGGCUUAGGUUGGACUUGAGUUUCUUCCUUAUGGGCUGGUUGAUGAGUGAGCAGCUUGAGAAUCAAGGGGAAGUACAUGAAAAGGACAAUAGUGAAUGGAACACACAUAUUUGUGAACCAAGUCACCCGUUCCAGCUUCCAUUCUGGACAGCCCAAGUCUCUUUUUGAGGAGAGAACUAGAUUCUUCCAGCUACAUGGAAGGAAUUCUUCCGUCAUCACUGUGAAGUCAGGGAGGCGUGUGAGACCCCUCUUCAGACUAUUGGAGUAGACAUGGUCUUCAGAUUCUUCGUACUUUCAUUCUGUUGGCCACAAAGGGUUCGUCCGAAAUUUCGAAAGUGCGAUGCGAUGGAACGAACUGAGAGGACUGCGACUCGGCUGGGAUGUACCUAUGGGGAGCGGAGGAUGCGGACACAAGUCCAACCGACACAGGGACGUUGGUGAGGCUGACCGGAAAAUGUUUUACCUACCCUGGGAGGUUUUGUUGUCAGGCAGCCUGUACAUGAUGACGAACUAUGGCAUGGCGUGUGUACAUGUAUUCGAACAUCGGGGGUUCUGUUGUAGAUACCAUCUCUUUCGGAAGAGCCAAGCGACCAUCAGCUAUGAGCUAUCAAAAGCAAUGAAGUAUAAUCAGACCAACGUAACCAAAAUAUG